AUGGCAGAUGCACCUCCAGUCCUAGCUCAUGCUGAGCGCGGCGAAGACCAAAUCACCAACCAAAAUGUGAUCAACAAUUAUUUCAUCGGCCCACGGGCUGCCAAUAUGCCUGAUUUCAGAGCGAACAUCAACACCAUUCUCGAUGAACUGCUUGAAACCAGGCUUGAUUACUACCCCGAGGAUCAUAGCCAGAAGUUCAUCACCAAGGAUGUCCGUAGAUCACCGGAGUUCCAAAAGGUCAGGGACAACUUCAGUGAUGUCGUCCGAAAAGUGGCCCAGCUGCUGGGAGAGCACUCGGUGCCUUUCUGGUCUCCCCGCUAUGAAGCCCACAUGUGCACCGACUUGACCAUGCCGUCCUUGUUGGGUUACUUCAUGACGAUGCUGUACAAUCCCAACAACGUCGCCCUCGAAGCCAGUCCCAUGACCACCGUCGCGGAGUUGUUGGUCGGACAGCAACUGGGCGAGCUGUUCGGAUACAAAACUCCCCUCACGGUAGAUCCUCAUAGAGAAAGACAGAAUGAGCCAGUGUCAUGGGGCCAUAUUACCUGCGAUGGCACGGUCGCAAAUCUCGAAUCAAUCUGGGUCGCGCGAAACCUGAAGUUCUACCCUCUGGCUCUUCAUCAAGCCAUCGUGAACGGGAACCUGAAUUUCAUCGCGGAUCGGUUCGAGGUCGAAACCUGUAGGGGCGGGACAGAGAGAUUUGCACGCUUAGCAACCUGGGAUCUUCUCAAUCUCAAGCCCAAGACUGUCCUCGAUCUGCCCGAUCGGCUGUACCGAGAUUUUGGCAUUUCGAGCGACUACCUCCAGAAUGCCUUGGAGCCUUAUAACAUCCAGUCAGCGGGUCUCUUGCAUGAGGAGACCGACGAGGCCCACCACUUUUACAGGAGUCUCAAGGCGAUGAAGUUCAUCGUGUCGAAGACGAACCAUUACUCCUGGCCGAAGGGACUUGCCAUUGCCGGGUUGGGCUCGGCGAACCUUCUCGAAAUCGAAGUAGACGACGACGCUCACAUCGACCUGGCGCAAUUGAGGGCUACCCUGAACGAGUGCCUUGAGAAUCAGAUCCCCGUCUAUGCGGUGGUGGCCGUGAUUGGAUCCACUGAAGAGGGUGCUGUCGACCGGCUGUCGGAGAUUGUGCGAAUUCGAAACGACAUGCAAGAGAAAGGUCUGUCUUUCCUUGUUCAUGCGGAUGCUGCCUGGGGAGGCUACUUUGCCACCAUGCUGCGCCGAGGCCUCCGGGGUCCUGAACGGGGCGAUGCCGACAGAGGCGCAGUGCCAGCCUUGACUCUGCGCAAGGAGACCGAAACCGACCUCUUGGCUCUUCGCCAUGCGGACUCGAUCACGGUCGACCCCCACAAGGCUGGCUAUAUUCCAUACCCGGCAGGGAGCCUGGUGUACAGAGACGGUCGGAUGCGAUACUUGGUGACUUGGUCCAGUCCCUACCUGUCGCAGGGGUCGUCGGAGAAUAUAGGGGUAUAUGGGGUAGAGGGAAGCAAACCUGGCGCAGCUGCCAUGUCAACGUGGCUCUCUAACCAGACGAUUGGUCUGGAUCCCGACGGAUACGGGAAGCUGCUGGGUCAAGCAUCGUUCACCAGUUCCAGGCUAUCGGUGCGCUAUGCAGUCCACAGUGACUUCAGGCAGGAGAACAGAAAGGACUUCAUCUGCGUUCCGUUCAAUCGACUGCCCCGGGAGCAUGAUGGAUACGCCUUCAACUCCUCAGAGGUUGAAGCCGACCGGGAUCUCAUUCGAAUGCGCAUCCUGGGACAGCAGAACGAGGCCCUCCUGCAGGACCCUGUCGCAAUGAACCUGCUGCGCCAACUGGGCUCCGACACCAACAUCAACGCCUUUGCCCUGAACUUUUACGUCGACGAGGCGAAGACAACCUUGAACACCGACAUUGAAGAAGCCAACUACUUGAUGAAGAGGGUCGUUGACCGGCUUUCCAUCACGGGGGUGGACACCGACCCAACCAAGAUCCCCGUCUAUCUGACCUCGACCAAAUUUGAGCCCAAACACUAUGGCGCGUGCGCAAAGACCUUUAUGCGCAGAUUGGGGCUCACCGAGGUCGACGAGGACCUGUUCGUCCUGCGCAACGUGGUCAUGAGUCCCUUCCCCACCAAGCACUACUUUAUCGGUACGCUCUGGGACGAAUUCGAGCGGGUCGUCAAUGAAGAAGUCCAACAAGUCCGGAAGCGCAACGACCCCUCGGCACACAAGGCCCAAUUCCUCCUGCAAGGGAUCGAGCAGUCCGGAAAGACCUUCCUAGUCUUGCAAACCUCGUUCCAUACUGCCACUCUCCGCCAGCAACUCAUAGUCCGCGCCACCCUCAGCCCCGACCUCGAGCAGAAAUAUCGGGACUGCAAGAACCAAAGCCCAGAGACAUCUCUCCUCUUAGUGUCCCAGGAUGUCAUCAAUCUUCAGCAGGGCAUUCGCGAUCUUCCUCACACGGACUUAACGUUCAACGCAGAGAUCUACGCGAAGGUGGACUAUCUCCGCCAACACGAGAACCCCGACUUGGAGUUGCGCGCCUUAUCCGCAGGGGAGGUCACGAUCACCAGGGACGACAUCAUCAAGAGCCGGCCGUUGAACGUGGUGAACCGAGACCCAAAAUAUCCAGAAACGGACACCCGGUUCUAUCUUUACGGCACGCCGGCGCAGCAGCAUAUUUCCCACGUGCUGGUCCGGUCUCCGAACGUCGCCCUCUCCGCCGCCAACGUCUCCUUAUCCCCAGACCCGGGUGUAGAAGACAGCAUCAGUGCCGACGAUCUCGCCAAUGGCUUGAUCCUCGCCUUGGCCGAUCACCCCGAGGUCGCCAUGCAGCCCGUCACCGGAAAGGUCUCCGCGACCGCAGAUGUGCCCGGCGACUUCUUCUUCAGCAGUGGAAGGCAGUUCAAGGUCAACGUCUGGAAGGACCCCAACACUGGCGACGCUCAGGGUCCUGGCUACUGA